UGGAGGGAGGAGAGUUGUGCUUGAGCUUCCCGGGUGCCUGUUCUGCCGACUGCGGCUCGGUAGGGAGAACGCCUGGAUGCAUCAGAAGCAGGAAAUGGAGCCAGUGACCUUUGAGGAUGUGGCUGUGAACUUCACGCUAGGAGAGUGGACUAUGUUGGAUUCUAGUCAAAAGAAGCUCUACAGAGACGUGAUGAAGGAGACCUUUUUGAACCUGAUCUCUAUAGGGAAAACAGAAGACGAGGAUACUGAAGAAGAGUACCAAAAUCCUAAGGGGAACCUGAGAACUCUGAUGGUUGAGAGACUCUGUAAAUAUGAUUAUGGUAAUCAGUCUGGAGAAAUUCACCAACAGAGUCCAGAGUAUGUUGUGAAUGAAAAAAUGCCUCCGGCCAUAACUGAAUGUGAAAGGGACAUCUGUACUCAUUUACCCUCAGACAUGCACUUCAAAGGUCAGACUGGAGAGAAGUCAUGCCAGUAUCAGGAACAUAUGGAGAAGGCUUUGAAACAUAGGAAAUGCUGGAAGGACUUCACUUAUUCUGAGUUGCUUUGGAUGCAUAAAAGCCCUCCCAUGAGACAGAAGCCCUAUGAAAAUAAACAAGAAAACGAAGCCUCUACGAGUUUCACUACCGAUCAUGAUUAUGAGGGAACAUACACUGAAGAGAAAUCUUAUAUUUGUAAACAAUGUGGCAAAGCAUGGAGUGAUUCCUGUAGCCUUCUCUGGCAUGAAAGAAGUCACAUUCAAGAGAAACGUCACACAUGUAAGCAAUGUGGAAAAGCAUUUAGUCGUCCCUCACAGCUUCACAAGCAUGAAAGAAUUCACACUGGUGAGAAACCUUAUGUAUGUACACAUUGUGGGAAAGCCUUUAUUGAUCGCAGAACCUGUCACAAUCAUGAAAGGACUCACACUGGAGUGAAGCCCUUUGCCUGUAAGCAAUGUGGGAAAGCAUUUCUUCGUUCCUGCCAACUUCUCAUCCAUGAAAGAAUUCACACUGGAGAGAGACCUUUUGUAUGUAAGCACUGCGGAAAAGCUUUCACCUAUUCCAGUGCUUGCUAUUAUCAUGAAAGGAUUCACACUGGAGAGAAACCCUGUGUCUGUAAGCAAUGUGGGAAAGCAUUCAAAUGUUCUGCAUACCUUCACAUACAUGAACGAUCUCACAGUGGAGAAAAACCCUAUGUGUGUAAGCAUUGUGGCAAAGCCUUUGCUUAUGCCACUGGAUGUCACAAACAUGAGAGAAUUCACACAGGAGAGAAACCGUAUAUGUGUGUGCAGUGUGGGAAACUAUUCACUUUCCCCAGAUCCCUUCACAUACAUGAGAGAUCUCAUAGUGGAGAAAAACCUUAUGUAUGUAAGCAGUGUGGGAAAUCUUUCACUCAGGGAACUUCUUUGCGAAGACAUGAACGAAUUCACACUGGAGAAAAACCUUAUGUGUGUAAGCAGUGUGGGAAAGCUUUCAUCCAACGUGAUGAUUGCUACAGUCAUGAACGAACUCACACAGGAGAGAAACCAUUCAUGUGUGUUCAAUGUGGGAAAACAUUCACUUUUUCCAAAUCUCUUCAAAUACAUGAAAAAAAUCACACUGGAGAGAAACCCUAUAUAUGUAAGCAAUGUGGGAAAGCCUUCACCUGUUCCACAUACCUUCUCAGACAUGAAAGAACUCACAGUGAGAAGAAACUCAGUGGGUAAUAUUUCUACCACUGUAAACCAUGGGAAUGGCUGAUGUCAACUUUUGUUUUGAGGUAUGAAAGAAAAUGGAGAGCCACUAUAAGAUUAUGAGAACUGCAGAAGUAUAAUUUUGGUCUCCCAUGCUUUCUGUAAGAUGACAACCUGUACAACAGGUUCUGCUGCUGCGUGUCUUUUGUUCCAGCAAGGAAAAAGUAAAAGCUAUGCAAUUACAAUAUUCAAUGAAGCCUGUGCUCUUUACUGGGUUUGAACACAGCUUGGGAGGUUUUAUCCACCAAUUUCAACUAAAUGAAAUUGUCUGUAAAUAUAAAAAAGUUGCAUUUUUACCAAUAAGAUAAAAUUUAUGAAAGUAUCUCAUGUGGUUGAGUCCUAUGAAAGAAAUAUGAAGAUAUUGAAGGUUCAUUUGUGUUGAAUAUUUCUGAAAAUAAACAGUGAAAGUGAUACAAUAAGUUCUGAGUAUUUUUAAAAACUUGAUUUAAGUAAAGUGUGUUUUAUUUUGCUGA